AUGGAUAAGCAAGAAAACACUUCAGGAAGCUUUCUAACUUCCAAGCUAAUACAUAAAAAUCAAGACGAAUCGUUUUCAUCUACUUCAAUGGAAACUGUUGUAUCGAGUUAUCAAGCAUUAAGAUCAAACACACGAAUUGAUGCAGAUGAUUCUGUCGUUAAUCAGGAAAUUGACGCUAUUAGAUCUCCAGUUUACAAUGCAAUGACUCUUUCCAAUCGAUCAAGUCUCUUACCAUGGAAUUCUAACAAUCGAUCAUCUUUGGUGGCAAACGGCUUCACGAACAAUGAAAAUCUGAUGAUUUCAACAUCUGACAACUUACGACCAGGUGAAAUUGUCAUGCGAAUCUUAUUUGCUGAUUUUACACAACAAGCUGAAAAGAAAAUUGAAGGAGUCAUGUUGGAAAAUUCGGAAAAGCAAAUCUCGAAAUUACUUCAAAGAGGUGAAGAUCCACAAUUCGAUCAACUUUUGCUUGCUUUAGGAUCAGUCGCUGAACAUUGCUUACCAUCACUAUUACGAGCUCUUUUAGCUUGGCAUCGAAGACAAAUCUCUGACACUGAGUUUAAAAGUGACACUAUGAAGAAAGACAUUGAUUGGAAUUUAAUUGGAUCUGUUUGUGAUCUUGAAAUGCAACUUCAAAGACGUGAAGCUGCUGUAGAAUUUAUUUUUUGUCUCGCUUUACUUGAAGUUUUAAAACAACUUCCGUUUCAUCCCGGUCAUGAGGAUAUCAUCAAGAACAUAGAAAAUCUUGCUUUUCGUCAUUUUAAAUAUCGCGAAGGCAUUCAAAACUCGCCCAACUCUUACAAUAUUCACAUCAUUGCGGAUCUCUAUGGAGAAGUUGUUGGAACCCUCGCCCAAACUCGCUUUUCAUCAAUCAAGAAGCGAUUCAUGUCGGAAUUGAAAGAAUUACGAGGUAAAGAUCCAAGUCCAAAUACAACACAAGGAAUCAUUUCACUUUUAAUGGGAAUGAAGUUCUUCCGAGUUAAAAUGGUGCCAAUAGAAGAAUUUGAAGCAUCUUUUCAAUUCAUGCAUGAAUGCGCUCAAUAUUUCCUUGAAGUGAAAGACAAAGAUAUAAAACAUGCCCUUGCUGGUCUUUUUGUGGAGAUUUUAGUUCCUGUCGCUGCAGCUGUUAAAAAUGAAGUCAAUGUGCCGUGCGUUAAGAACUUCGUCGAUCUUCUUUACUCACAAACUCUUGACGCAUGUACAAAAAACAAACAUCGACUUGCUUUGUUUCCACUCGUGACUUGCUUACUUUGUGUAUCUCAAAAAACAUUCUUUCUUAACAAUUGGCAUUACUUUCUCGCAAUGUGUUUAAGCAACUUAAAAAAUCGAGAUCAAAAGAUGAGUCGCGUUGCACUUGAAUCUCUUUAUCGACUUUUGUGGGUUUACAUGAUAAGAAUUAAAUGUGAAUCAAACUCAGCGACACAUUCAAGACUUCAAAGCAUUGUAAACUCGCUUUUUCCUAGAGGAUCAAAAGCUGUCGUUCCACGUGACAUGCCUUUGAACAUUUUCGUAAAAAUCAUUCAAUUCAUCGCUCAAGAGCGUUUAGAUUUUGCAAUGAAGGAAAUCGUCUUCGAAUUACUUUGGGUUGGGAGACCAAUUAAGAUAAUUAUGACACCUGAACGAAUGAGUAUCGGAUUAAGAGCAUUUCUGGUUGUGGCUGACUCUUUACAACAAAAAGACGGCGAACCUCCAAUGCCUCGUACUGUUGCAGUUCUUCCAUCAGGAAACACUCUUCGUGUCAAGAAAACUUAUUUAACAAAACUCUUGACGGAAGAUAUGGCAAAAAGUAUUGGAAUGUACAAUUACUUUCCGCAUGUUCGGAGAGUUUUUGUUGAUAUAUUGCGAGCUUUAGAUGUCAAUUUCGGGCGUCCAUUAAUGAUGACAAACACUCAGAAUUUAAAUAAAGAGCCUGAUGAAAUGUUGACAGGAGAAAGGAAACCAAAAAUUGAUUUGUUUCGAACAUGCAUUGCCGCAAUACCAAGACUCAUACCAGAUAACAUAAGUCAACCAGAAUUAGUGGAUUUACUUGCACGAUCAACAGUACAUAUGGAUGAAGAAUUGAGUGGCUUAGCAUAUCAAUCACUUCAAACUCUCGUGAAAGAUUUUCCUGAUUGGCGACAAGACGUCAUUCAAGGCUUCACCCAGUUUGUCUCAAGAGAUAUUAACGACACUUUCUAUCAUUUACUUGAUAAUGCUUUGAGAAUGCUGCAUAUGCUUCUCAGCACAUGGAAGAAUGGAUUGGAGAAGAAUCCUGGUGUUGUUAAUGUUGGAAAAACCGUUGCAAUGUCUUCGCAAGCUUCAACUUUCACAACAUCUACAAACUUAGGAACAAUGACAACAGUUAUAUCUGUGAAAGAUUCGGGAUAUAUUUCAUCACAAGCAGCACAACAACAUUCAACUGGAACAACGAGUACAAACUCAAGUGUUAAUUCAAGUAGUGGAAUUCAACCUCCGUCAUCAUCAUCAGCUUAUGCAGGUGAAAAUACAAGAAAAUCUGAAGUUCCUAUAACAGCGACUCUCAGAUUAGCAGAGGGAUUGGCACUUGUUAUGCUUUGCAAUUAUAGACCCGCUCCUCGUAAACUUGCCGUUCAUAUUUUGAAAGAAGUUAAAGCAAUUUUGAAACUUUUGGGACACCCAGUUGUCGAGCCGCCAUUGAUUGAUGUGAUCGACAAAUGUUGUCCUCAAAUUCUUGACUCGAUUGUUCAUAUGUUGCCUCAAAGUGAGAGAUCAGCAAUUCUGAAUGCAAAUGUCAUUGACUUACAAUGGAUUAUUGAACGAAACAGCUCAAUAUGGACAAUUGGAUAUGUUGAAGAGUCGGUUAAGUCAUCAAUGGUAGGCCAAGGGUUUUUGCAGCCGAAUAAUAAUGGAUUUCAAUUCGAUCCAUGGUCUGCGUGUUUGUUUGGAUUUAUGGAGAGAAAUCAUGUGAUUCAACAAUGUCCGACCGUUGUAGCGCAAGCCUGGCCUUUAUGUUAUCAAAGAGUCCAAAGCUUAUACAGCUUAAUCGAUCCAACUCCCGUGAAUGACAAUCGAGCAUCACUCCUAAGAAGUUCAGCUCCAGCUAAAAAACCUCUUACCGAAUGUCAACGUGAUUCAUUUGUAAACUUGUGGAAGAAUCAGAUUAAGCUUGCAAUGCGGCUCAUUCCUCCCGUUGUUCCAACUGUAACAAUCCGUUGUGCAUCUCCAGAUUUAAGUUUAAGGUACUGUAAUUUAAACAAACUUGAUUUCAUUCUAUCUGCCGAUGCAAAUGCGCAUCAUCAAAUCUGGGGCGGUAAUCAAAUAUGUAAUAGAGGUAUAAAGGUGCUAGAUUUUAUUAUUAAAGAAAAUCUUAUCCUAUUGAACAAAGGUGAUAUCCCAACUUUCGUGAGGGGGAACUCAAGGACUUUUAUAGACAUUACGGUCAGCAGUAAAGGACUAUCUGAUAGUUCUUCACCAGAUUCCAUGAAUACAGAUAGAAAUGAUAAGAAUUCAAGUGGAUUAUCUAUAGCGAUGUACAAGCUUAUUGUGCCACUUUUGAGGUGCGAAGUUGUGGACAUUCGUGACGCUGCUGUUAGUGCGUUAGGAUUAAUAAAUCCGGAUGCUUUGAAAGAUUUAAUGGAAGAACUUGUACCUUAUAUUCGAGAAGCUGUUGACAGAAAGCAAGAAAACAUGAGACGAAGACGACGGCGUGACGCUCUCAGAUUACACUUGGUUAAAGUUCUGAAAUUGAUAGCAGAGAAUGAAACCUUUGGUGUCAGUCCUUGUGUAUUGGAACGUGAAACAAUGUCAUUGCAUCCAACAUUUGUCGACUAUAUGGAUGGUGCACGUUUAUAUUUAGAUGCAGAAGUUGACAAAGAUAAUGCCAGCAUGCGAGAAGUCAAAGUUCACUUUUGUGACUUCAUUCGAAUUAUGAUCAAAAAUUUUUCACUUGAAAUUUGCAACACACUUUUAUCGAGAGAUUUAAAGCGAAAUCUCUUUAAUUUAUUCGCAUCAUGGUCUGGUCAGUAUGCGAAACCAUUGGGAAUAUCAAUAUCAAAUGCUUUAAAUGAAGACACCAAUUUACAAUUCUGUGCACUCCAAGCAAUGUCAGCUCUUCUUUGCUGUGGCUCAUGUUUUGAUACUUUAAAUUUGUCUGAAGAUGGAAACAUUUAUCAUUGGCUCGAUUUAUUAUUGACAUCUCUUGAUGAAAAGAUAUAUCAACUAGCAAAAGACACGGUUGUUUUACUUUUGGAAUGUAAUCCUGAUAUUGGUACUUUGCUUGAAUGGGUUAUAGACCGUUGCUACACAGCAAUACCCAGAGAGGCUGAUGCGUGUUUUUUAGCCUUGUCGUCUAUUUUCAAUGUUAAAGAAUAUCCAUGCGACCAUUACACUUCAGUCAUUACAAUAACCUUGGUAACAACCGGUUGUCCCCGCGUGGAGGUUCAAGCCACUGCUCUUCAACUGCUACAGAUUUUAGAUAAAAGAUUCUUUAGCACAAUGGGACUGUUGCAAAAUGAAAAGGAAAAUGAUGACAAGUCAGGUUGCUUAGAUGGAUCAUUGGAUAACUUGUAUUGCCGUUCACAAAUGUACCUUUCUCGUCAAAUGUCACGGCUACGAUCGGAAUUAACUAUGCCGAUUUUUUCAGAAAUGACACACCGCUUUCAAACAGCAAGAACUGAUGUUCGUUUUCUGUUGCUUCAAUGUAUGCUUCCUUGGCUUGAAAAUAUGGAACUUCUAGCAUCAAGUGUGCCAGCCACAAAUUCGCCCUUAUCAUACAUCAUGUACUAUCCCGAUUCAGGGUUAAAAGGUCGUCGUGAUGGGUCUGGGUCAACAGAAGCUACUGAAAUGAUCCUAAACAACCUCUUUUACAUUACAGCUAAGUUCUCAGAUUCUCAUGGCAGAGAAAUUGAAGAGCUUUGGGGAAUAUUAGCACAAUGCUGGCCAAAUAAUCUGAAAGUUAUCUUACGCUAUCUCGUCAUCAUCUCAGGAUUAGCACCCAAUGAGCUUUUAUGCUAUACGAAACGAGUCGCUCAAUACCUUGCACGAUCAUGUGCUGAAAGAUUCUUAGAUGAAUUGAUGUUGGAAUUACAAACAGUCGAAACAUUAAAUUGUUUAAUAGAACGAACUGAAACGCCGCCAUUUUAUCGGUUAACAAGUAUGAGAAAAACUUCUUCAAGUCAUUGUGAUGGAGCUGUAAACAAUGAUCCGAAAGUUCAAGAAUUAGCUGUCGAAAAGGGAACAAUUCAUACCAAACGACAUGCCAAAAAUGACGACGAUAAAAAUGGAACUUGCAAGUCUGACAGUGCUUUAAGAGCUUUAAUAAGCAGCAGUGCUUAUCGUCCGCCUCGUGGGAGUGACAAAAUAAGAACCGCUUCAGGGCCGUGCAUACUUCCACGUCAUGAAGACGUUAUUCAAAAUGAAAUGGAAACACAAUCAGAGGAUCAUAAUCUACAGGUGAGGCAUGAACACCAUCGUCAAAUGACACAUCCAUUACCGAUGCCAGAGUAUGGUGGAUAUUUUGCACCUUUAAACAAGAUUCUACCUGACACUAAUCUGCCCAUAAGUGGAUUUCAUCGAUGCAAUGUAGCGGUGAUGCUUUUGAGUGACAUUGUUGUUGAUGGAAUUGCAGGAGUCGAUUGGACACUUCACUUGCCGUUAAUGUUGCAUAUUUUGUUUCUUGGUCUCGAUCACUCAAGAACAAUUGUACGAGAUCAUUGCAAACAAUUAUUGCUGAAUCUUCUCUUUGUUCAAUCUUCCCACAACGAUCAUUUGACACUUGCAAAAAUUAUGUUAAAUAGUCAAACGAAAAAGUUGAGAUUGGGAUUAGCUGAAUCAUCGUUGUCAAUCAUUGAACACAAUUUUACAGAGUUUGAUCAAGAGUUUGAUUCAUAUUGGUUCGGACCUUCAUCUGGACCUAUCUCAAUGCAAGUUAUGACAGGACAAAUACCUUCGAAUAUAAAAAAUAAUCCUGGAAAUGAGGAUGAGAAUGUAGAAAACGUCGAAAUUCCAACAAUAAUAACUGAAAAUGCUUCUGCCACUCAACCCAACGCGACCAUGACAAUACCUCAUGUUAUUAAAAGCAUUAUAAUGUUUUUGACUCAAGAAAAUCAGCAGCCAUUAUGGAAUUAUGAAGACAUAACAGCGAAAAUGUACGUCUGUAAAUCUACAGAACAAUUAACAUGUUUCACACGUCACAUUGUUAAAAUAUUUUCCGAAUCACAUCCGCAAUCAAGCAUAUCAGAAAGGUGGGCACAAACAGCACUUCAACUUGGAUUAAGUUGUUCAUCCCGACAUUAUGCUGGCAGAUGUUUACAAAUUUUCCGAGCACUUAACGUGCCCAUUAAUUCAAGAAUGCUUUCGGACAUUUUAUCCCGAUUAGUUGAAACGGUUGCUGAACAAGGAGAAGACAUGCAAGGAUAUGUAACGGAAUUACUGUUGACAUUAGAAGCUGCUGUUGACAGUUUAGAUUCUGAUUUCCGUCCACUCGAUGUCAUGAAAGAUAUUUUCAAAAGUACCCCAAAUCUUAAUAAUAAAGAUGGAGUUAUUCCCAACUCAAAUAAACGAAGUAGCGAUGGAGUUCAAGUGUCACCUCAACCGAUAAACGCGACAAAUAUCACAGGAAGUCAUACAAGAAGUACAAGCUAUUCAGUGUCAUAUUGUACAAAAAAAACAUCGAAUCUUCCUAUUGAUUGCAAAGAAUUGAGAAAUCGAACAACAACGAACAUUGAACUGGAAAGAAGCCAAUCAAAAUUUUCUCCCAAUUCGCUUUCACGUUCAAGAAGUGCGCAAAGCUUAAAAUUGCUUGGUACCGAUACAGCUAUUCAAGAUGAUAAAAUGACGAUAUUGGCACAACUUUUCUGGCUUGCUGUGUCACUUCUUGAGAGUGAUUACGAACACGAGUUUCUAUUGGCACUUCGUUUGUUGUCACGGGUUCUUCAUCGUUUGCCACUUGAUCGUCCCGAUGCACGUGAUAAAGUUGAAAGACUUCAAAAUCAAUUGAAAUGGAACAAUUAUCCAGGAGUUCAUUCUCUUCUUUUGAAAGGAUGCACACAUGCUGUCACUUAUGAGCCUUCAAUUGCUGUUCUCUCUCAAAUAUCUCCAAUUUUAAGUCUCCCAGUUUGUGAUCCGACACAAAGCAGCGCAUUUGCAAUGAAUGUCAUUGCUUUAUUACCUUACAUGUUGUUACAUUACGACAAUGCUAAUGAGGUUUGCAUUCAAAGUGCUGAGACAAUUGCACAAGUUGCAUCAGAAAUGGGAACAAAGCUGGAAAACUUGGGAACAGUCAUGACACUUUACAGUCGAAAACAAUUCAGCAAAGAAAGCUUUCAAUGGACAAAAUGUGUUAUUAAAUAUCUUCACGACACAUAUGCGCAUUUAGGAAUCAACAUGUUGGCAUUUUUGAUUGAAGUUUUGGAGAAAGGAUGGACUCAAGUUCAGCUACAAGUUCUCAGUGUUAUUCAUUGUCUUCUUCAUUAUGUCGAGCUUUCAACGUCUCAAGCACAAAUCAUAAGCAGUGAUCUGUUGAGAGUGGUUGCAAAAUACUUAGACAGUCCUAAUUGGAAAGAAGCUUUGAAAAUUCUAAAGCUUGUCGUCACAAGAAGUUCGACUCUUCAAGUUGUCCCACAAGCGUCUGCUAUUGACAGGUCAAUGAAUUUCUUUCAAAAUCUUCACGGCAGUUAUAGCGAUUCUGAAGUGUUUUGUAAAAAGGAACUCGCUGGAAGAACAAUGGAAUUUUCUUUCGACGUUUCUCAAACACCUUUAAUUGGUCGUCGCCUAUUGUUAAAACCUGAUCUGGAAGCAAAUGUAAGCACACAAGCGAAAAUCACUCAACCCACGAAUGUUACUUUCAGUGGAAAUCCAAAUUCACCUCGACGAAGUACAAGUUUGUCACCUGCUGACACAGCUCCAUUGAGUGGUUGGAAACGACCUUGGAUGUCACAAGGUCGUGUUAGAGAGUGCCUCGUUAAUUUAUUGACAACAUGUGGCCAACGAGUGGGAUUACCAAAAAGUCCUUCGGUGAUAUUCAGCCAAUCAUCAGAUUUAUUGGAAAGGCAAUCGUCUGCAUCAAGUACAGAAGACACUUCAGGAGCUCAACAAGACUUGAGUGGCGGUUCGAAACGUGAUGAUGGUCAGCCAGAUUUCGGGGUAUUCAAAGAUUUUGAUUUCCUUGAAUAUGAAAGUGAAAGUGUCGAAGGUGAAUCAACGGAUAACUUCAAUUGGGGUGUUCGUCGUAGACCGUUGAGUGAAGGUGAUAGCGAACCUUUGACAAAAACCCAAUCAAAUAUAAACGACGAGAGCGUUAGCGAGAAAACUCCUACAAUGAGUAAGAAACGUCGAAAUAAUCCUGACGAUAGUUCGGACGAAGAAGUUGAAUCGGAAUCUCCGCUUGACGAAGAUCAACGCCCAAUUUUCACGAAGAAUUCAUUCAUUAGUGGACAAACACUUUCGUUGAGUUUAAGAGAAAGACGACCGAGAAAAGAUUCAAUAAGUCGUUCUGAUACAAGCGGCUCGAGUGCAGGAGAUUUGGAUAUAACGCCAUGCAAUGCUUCACCACAUGCUGGAAUUUUGUCAUUCAAGCAAACACCUCGUGAUGAAACUGAAGAAGCGUGGCGUAAAAGUUUACUUAUGUUGAUAGUCAAUCAACCAUCAUCAAACCCAACUGUUUUGUUGAAUAAACUUUACAAACUUAUUCGAGAAUUGACAAUGAAGUGCAACAUGGUUUCAAAGGAAUGUGUAAGAUUUUUUAUUGGCACAACAGCACCGUUAGGAAAUCGAAUUUCCAUCUUAUCAGAUUUGUUGUCAUCAAAAGGUGAACCACCUCGAAUCUGGUAUAAUCAAGAUUAUGCCAGCUCACCAAGAUUGAGUGAGUCAUUACGUUACAGUGUUUUGGAGAUUCAAGAACAUCUUGAAACGUUUUUCGAUCGAAAAGAUCAUCUUAUGGAAAGCUUGGAAUCAGUUAAGUCAUCAAUGAAAUUUAGCUUGUUUGGUGAUGUUGAAAAUGACGGAGCGACAUGUUCGGAUACAAUUUCAGUUGAUCCCGGAAUAUCUGAAAUUAUUCUUGAGUUAGGUCGUGGUCUUUAUAAAUUGAUUUUUCAACUACUUCUACUUAUUGAAUCCGAUCAUAAAAUUGCUAUUCAAGUUUAUCAAAGUCUUCAUGGAAAUCAAGCUAUGCGUGACUUGUCAUGUGAAUACUCCGCUAUUAAAGGAACAAUUCUUCAAAACAUUGAUGAUGUUGAGUUAGAGUCGUUAGACACUUCAACGUCAACUGAAGGUGAAAGUUCGACGCCUGUUGCGUCCCCAUUGCCAAUGAGUGCAAGUGAUUUUGAGAAUAUCAUUCACGAAUUGAUCGAUAAGCAAAGGUGGCGAGCAACAAUACAACACAUUAAGCAGUAUAAACAAGUGUCAGAGUCAUCAUUAUCUUACAUUGUUAGUAUGGAUGGAAGUUUCAGUGAAGAAACAAAAUGUUUCGACGAUGUCUCAAUUAUAAUGAAUGUUUAUGCUGAACGAUUAACAAGACAAAAGAAUGACGCCUUCAUUCUGUCUCGUUCCGAACAAGAUUUGAAUGAGAUUUAUCAAAUAUUAAUGGAGAACUUGUAUCACGUGUCUGCUGCUAUUCAGGACCUUGAUGUUCAGCUGAAGACUAAUUCAACUCCAACUGUUCACCAUGGAGAUACUGUGGACAUCAUAACGACACUCUAAGCUUUUAGAUUUGAAGCUCAUAAUUAAACCUAUUCCUAGAUGAACAUUUAUAAAUUAAUAAAUAUUCUCUGUAAAAAGAUAUUACCUAAUAAGCAACAAAUAAAUUUAAUACUUAUCAAACAGA